AUGCGCGCCUCCCUCGUUGCCCGUGUGGCAGCCCGCUCCUACCAGCGCCGCCUCACCACCGCCACCACUGCCCGCGCCCCUCUCGCUCCCCCGUACCACCACCAGAUGCGCUCCCCGCUCGCCCCGCCGUACGCGCACGCCGUCCCCGCUCAGGAGACCGACCGCAUCCGUGCUUCGUACUCGUUCACCAUCCCCACUGUCCAGAAGGAGGUCAAGCCGUCCCCUGCCGAGUGGAUUGAGACUGUCGUCGCGACCCCGGCUGGUCAGGAGUGGGCGAUCAAGACGUGGGACGCUGCGCUCGACGCCCUCGAGGCUCAGUCCGCGAUCCCGGAGAUUCAGUUCCGCAAGCUUGCAAGUGCCGAUGUCAAUGCUAUCAAGGCUUCGGGCAGCGUUGUGAUUCGCGACGUCCUCCAGGACGCUGUCGCGGAGGGAUGGGCCACCGAGUACGCCGCCCAGGGAGUUCACCCCACCUUCUACCACUCGAGCCUGAUCGCUGCCCGCUCCGACCCCUCGGUUCUCAGCGCGACUGGUGCCGUUCUUGAGAAGGUCCUUGGUGCGACUCCCGCCUACAUCCGAGUCGACACUGUCUCGCACCACCCUUCUGAGGCGCAGUGGACUGGCGACAAGGUGUGGGCUGAGCAGCCGGCCGAGGGCACCUACAUGCCUCUGCACGCGCACCUCGCCUUCAACACGACCGACCUCGCUGCCCCCACCUCCGCCCACGCUGCCCUCUACACCCUCCUCCGCCCCUACUUCACCCCCAAGGCUAGCCGCAUCUCCUUCUACCACGGCGAGGACUACCUCGCCAAGGAAAACUGGACCUUCAGCGGCAAGGCCGACGCCUCCGCCGAGCCGGUCCACCUCAAGCCCGCGCACAUCAAGCUGAACCCGGGAGACAUCCUCGUCUCGCACGCCGGUCUCGGUCUCCGCGCCGCCAACGCCAACGGACUUCUUCUUCCGAUCCACCCGCUCCCCGCCGGCGAGGGCAACAAGGCCUUCGUCACGCUCCAGCGCACCGCGUUCGAGGCCGGUCUCCCUCCUCCUCACGCUAUUCUCGAUGGCGAGGCCUGCCCCGUCGAGGAGCCCGGCAGCCAGGGCGAGAUCGACUCGGUCGCCGGCCGCCGCGCCAUGGGCUACGAGUAA